AUUAUGCUGCCAUCUAGCAUCGGUCUCGUGUAUUGCGUCACGCCCAUGAUGUGACGUAACGAUUUCCGAGAAUUCAGCCAAUCAGCUAUCACUAGCCGAGUCGGUUUGAAAUUGAAGCGGGCGAAGGCGGAAGAGAAGAGGAGACAAUAAUAAACAAAAGCAGCUCUGCUAGCCUGGAUACUCCUUAUAUUUCGUUUGAAUGGAUUUACAUUCACUUUUAUCUAACGUAACGAGCUGUGUUGAUGUCCGUCUUACAAAUGUUUCACGCCGUGUGUUUCUAUACGUAGAGUAACCGGGGGGGAAACUGCCGUUAGCUAGUGAAGCAGUGACUGUUAAGCCCAUUUGGACGUUUACGUUUUUGAGAACCGUUUGCCAUGUCGUUAUUCAGUGUACAAGCUAGAAAACAUACAGCUUAUUACGAUCAUCUAAUGUCAACGUCGACAUCCAGGACACCAGGCAGAGAGCGCCCGGCAGAGCGGAAGGCGACAGAUUCAACGCAGGGGAAAACUGAAGUAACGAUAACAUCCGGAGACUCCGCUUGUGAAGACAGCAGGUCAUCUGACAAAGGCCGUCAGGUGAACAGGACUUAUGUCAUCUCUGCGCAGUCAAAAAGCGGCAGCGGGCAGCCGACUCCUUACCGUGGCCGACUCACUCUGCAGAGGAGGUCAAGGGCGAAGAGCGGAGCUGAAACAGCGGAGAAAACGAUGAUUGAAAGCAGCCACAAUACCACACCAGCACCGGAGAAGAGGCUGACCCUGCAGCGCAGGACCAGGACUCCCUCGAUGGAUAAAAGCGCAUGUGGGCAGCGUGGGGUCAGCGGUACCUGCCAACAGCAAACGCCCAAAGUUCUCAGAGAACCAAACGGCAGGGCGCCUGGUUUAUUCAGGUCUAUAAGUUUAAGAGAAACUGCUGCUCAGGUGGACACCCAGGGGGGAGCGGCACACAGCAAGACGACUUCCUCCGCAAGUAGGCAGUUAGAGGACCAGGCCCACACCUUUAAAACCCCUACCAAAAGGACCCCAUUUGAGAAAAUCGCGGCCAAGAGAGACGUGUUCGAGAGACUGGCAGGGACAGAGGCUCCUAAACCCGUACCAGUCAAAUCUGCGAAUCUAGAGAGGUCCAAAUCCCGAGCACAGCAAGCUGAAGUGACGAAACCUGUCCCGACUCCUCGGGUCAGCAAGGCGUCCGCAGGUGUGCACAAACCACACGCCGCGCUGCAGAUGAGAAAAACCUCCACAUCAAGCCAAAAGGAAGACGUGACCCAGGCCAGGACCUCCACUCUUGCUCCAACUCCAGCUCCAGCUCCAGCUCCAGCUCCAACACCGACCGAGCAGCCCCUGUCCCGACCCAGUGAAGCCCUGAAGCAGCAGGCUUCUUUGAAGAUGGAAAAUAGUGCAGUGACUGUUGCAGUACGUUUGCGCCCUUUCAGCGCCAGGGAGAAGACAGAGAAGGCAUCACAGGUCAUCUUCAUGAACGGCCAGGAGACCAUUGUCCAGCAUCCAGACUCCAAACAGAGCUACUCCUUCACCUAUGACUUCUCCUUCUGCUCGGUGGAUGAGUGCGACCUCACUUUCGCCAGCCAGCAGACGGUGUACGAGACCCUGGCCAGACCUCUGCUGCUCAGGGCCUUUGAAGGAUUCAACACCUGUCUGUUUGCGUACGGCCAAACGGGUUCUGGGAAGUCGUACACGAUGAUGGGUUUUGGAGAAGAGGAAGGUGUAAUCCCGCGGUUCUGCAAUGAGCUUUUUUCUAGAUUGGCCUUCAUGGAAAAUGAAGAGGUUAAAUGUCACGUAGAGAUGAGCUACUUUGAAGUGUACAAUGAGAAAAUCCACGACCUGCUGGUGACCAGAGACGAGCCAAACCAGAGGAGGAUGCCUCUCAGGGUGAGAGAGCAUCCAGUCCAUGGUCCCUACGUUGCUGAACUCUCUGCGAAUAUUGUCAGCUCCUACAGUGACAUUAAGGGCUGGCUGAAUCUGGGCAACAAGCAGAGAGCCACAGCAGCCACAGGGAUGAAUGACAAGAGCUCCAGAUCUCACUCAGUCUUCACCCUGGUUAUGACUCAGACUCAGACCGAGUUCGUGGAGGGCGAGGAACACGAGCACAGCAUCACCAGCAGGAUCAACUUGGUGGACCUGGCGGGCAGCGAACGGUGUAAAUCUGCUCAGACAAGCGGAGACCGACUUAGGGAGGGUGCAAGCAUCAACAAAUCCCUGCUUACCCUUGGAAAGGUCAUCUCUGCCCUGUCAGAACAGGCACUGACCAGGAAGAAGGUCUUCAUACCAUACAGGGAGUCUGUGCUGACAUGGCUGUUGAAGGAGAGCCUCGGUGGUAACUCAAAGACGGCCAUGAUUGCCACGCUGAGCCCAGCGGGCAGCAACGUGGAGGAAAGCCUGAGCACUCUGCGCUACGCCCAGCAGGCCCGCACGAUCAUCAAUGUGGCUAAAGUCAAUGAGGAUACCAACGCCAAACUCAUCAGAGAGUUGAAGGCUGAGGUUGAGAAGCUGCGAGCAGCCCAGAUGAGCUCCCAGGGCAUCGAGCCAGAGAGGGUCAGGCUGUUCCAGCAGGAGAUCUCCGCCCUCCGGAGCAAACUCUGUCAGCAAGAGAGAGAAAUGGCCGAGGCCAACCGGGCAUGGAGAGAAAAACUAGAGCAAGCUGAAAUCCGCAAACGUGAAGAGACCAGAGAGUUGCAGAAAGCAGGUGUGACUUUCAAAGUGGACAAUCGUCUUCCUAACCUGGUGAACCUGAAUGAGGACCCCCAGCUGUCUGAGAUGCUUCUCUACAUGAUCAAAGAGGGUCGAACCACGGUGGGCAAGCUCAAAUCCGAGUCCAGCCAUGACAUCCAGCUGACGGGGGCCCUCAUCGCUGACCAGCACUGUGUUAUAACCAGCAUGCAGGGUACGGUCAGCAUCAUUCCCAUGGAAAACGCCAAAACCUUCGUUAAUGGAAACCUCAUAUCCGAAUCCACUGUCCUACACCAUGGUGACAGGGUGAUUCUCGGAGGAGAUCACUACUUCCGCUUUAACCAUCCGGCAGAGGUGCAGUGUGGGAAGCGGGUGUCAUGCUGGACAGGUGAAGGCGAUGGCCAGAAAGACUUUGAAUUUGCCAAGAAUGAGCUACUCGCAGCACAGAGAGCCCAGUUGGAGGCAGAAAUUGAAGAAGCCCAUUUGAAGGCAAAAGAGGAGAUGAUGCAGGGAAUCCAAAUGGCAAAAGAAGUGGCCCAGAAGGAGCUUUCUAACCAGAGGGAACUUUAUGAGGACAGGAUCCAAGCCCUGGAGCGUGAACUGAAUGUGGAGAUAGAGCGGAAGCGCCAACAGGAGUUGGACCAGCAGAGGGUGGCCACCCAGAUGGCAGAGCUGAAACUGGCCAAGCGGGAGCUGGAGCAGGAGGUGGACACCCACAAGACACGUCUCCGCUUGCACAUGGAGUCCCAGGCGAUGGAGGAGCACCGCGUGCGUCAGGCGAGGAUUGUUGAGGCCCUGGAGGCAGAGAAGAGAAAGAUCGGCAAAGAGCUCGAGGAGAUGCAGAAAAAAAAAGCCUUGAGGGAAAACCAAACCUCCCGGAACGUCUCUCCACAGUGGGAUGCCAUGAAGUUAUCCCUGAUGAUUGAGGAGGCCAACAAGAUCAGUGCUAAACUGAGGAAAAACACAGUCUUCAGCAGACACGAAAGCUCUGAUGCUGAGAACCUGGAGCAGGGUGGUCUGCUCCAGGUACGGGUUCAGAACACAAAGCUGGGGAUCUCCACUUUCUGGAGCCUGGACAAGUUCCAAAACAACAUAGCUGCCAUGAGGGAACUUGAGCAGGGGGAUUCCACCUCUAAAGAUGACGAUGUGUUUUAUGACCCUGAUGAUGAGUGGGAGCAAGAUAUAUCGGCCUCCUCCACUUCCACCUCCUCCUUCUCACGCCGAAGGAGCAGGAGCUUGUUGAGGAGCAGGAGAAUCUCAGGGCGUCUUUAUGAGAUCCGGGUCCAUCCGAUUCAGAGCCUCCACAACAGCUCCUCACAGUCUGCUGGGUUGAUGGGUGUGGUCAACCCACCCUCCAUCCGUUCCACCAGCUCAGACUCUGCCAUGCCAGGCAUCUGCAAAGAGCUGAUUGGCCAGUCGGUGGCCCGCCUACGUGGUUUUAGUGGGACAGAAGAGAGCAUGGCAGACAGGCUGGCCUCUGAUCUGUUCUUGUUGUAUGUGGCCAUCCAGACAGUAUCUGACCUAUACGACAGCCUGGAUGAUGACAGCCAGGAGAAUGUGUUUGUCUGUAACUUGGUGGCCCAGACUCAGCUGAUCAAGGCCACGGCAGCCAUUGAGAGUGCAGUGUUUGUUACCAGGCAGUGGCUGGCCAGUGUUAAACCGUCCUCUGGCCUGCUGUACACCAUCGCAGAGGAGCUCAAGUGCCAGGUCAAGAAGAUGGGAGGAUUCUUUCAGCUGCUUAUUCAGGGUUGUGAAUCUGAGAUCACGUCAAUGGUGACGGAGGCACGAAGGAAGAGCAGUCAGUGCCUGGAUGCUGCAUUGCUUGCACUUGGCCACCUGGCGGUAAUGACAGGCAUGCCACUGAAUGCUAUGGAGCGGGGUGCCCAGGCCACAGGCAAGAAAUCCAUUGUCACAUGUCUGCUAAAGGGGAUCAAUAAGGGCGUCCGCUCCCUCUUAGAGGAGAGCCUCACCAUCACCAGAGAAAUGCUGCGAGAGGCUCAGCUGUCCUACCCCAGGAACCCAGCCCUGCAGAGCCUAAAAUCCAAGACGCUUGACUUAGCUCGAGCUCUGCAGAGCUACAUGCAUUGCCUUUUCACGGCGAGUGAAACGGACCCAGAGGAGGGGGAGGUGGGGGAGGAGGAGGCGGCCUCAGCUUCCCAUUUCCAGGCACUGAGAACUACAGCAACCAAGCUGUUCCAACUGAACCAGGCCACCAGACAGCUGCAUUCCUCUCUGUCUACCACCCUGCGAGGAAAAGACAGAGAUUCCGACCUCAGCAGCUGCAGGGAGCUGAUCUCCUCUUCUGCCAAAGCUGUCGACGAGCUGGUCACUGGUCUGUCCAACGAGGCACCAUUGAUGCUAGCCUCGCAGCUUCCCUGUGUUCAGAGUGCCAUUGCCGCACGAGAUGAGCUCCACUCUGCCCUGCAGUGCCUGUCCUCCUCGUGGAACCAAGUGGGGGCAGGAGAGAGCAGGAGCUCGGCUGCUUCUGAAACGAGCAUAGAAGAUGAAAUCUUAACUAAAGAGAGUGCUGCCACUCGCAGUGCUGUUAGAAACAGGGUUGUCAGUAAGAUAGUAUACUCUGUCCCUCCAGAUGUGCUGUCCAAGGGUAGCACACACUGGGUGUGAUGGGCACGUAUCCUAUGCGUUUUUCUUUUUUGAUGCGCUCACAUCAUGUACGAUUUUACUGUAAAAAUUAACUGCUGAUAUUGAGAAGAAUUUGAAGUGAGCAUGCUGAUAGAAACUUCCUCUCUGUUACCAUUAAAGUUGACAAAACAAUUUGUUAGAUUCACAUACAGCCAACACUACUUUAUAAGUAUGAAAAAUAUCUGCAGAUUUCCACCGAGCUAUAUUUUUGAAUUACAAAGAAGAUAAUAAAAGUGUGCAAACAAAUAUGCGGAUGCUUCAAAACUACAACUGGCAAUCCUUAACAUUUUGUCACUUCUGAUAUGGUGUAAAAAGCACUCCUGUCAAGUCCAAUAAUUUGCUACUAUGACUUUUAAAGUUAUUUUAGAUGCAAGUAUUGGGGCACACUUAGCAGUAGUAAUUGGCUGCACGCGUUUACUUAUGCUGUACUAGGUCUUCUUGUUGUACUAUGUUUUUCAGAGGCCACUAAAUUAUUCUUUAUUGCAUUUUUUCUUUAGCAAUUCAAACAUUCGAGGUACCCAUGUGCAGCAGCUCAGGUAGUAUUUUGAAGUAAAAAAAAAUAAUGAAAGGCUUUCUCUGUAUCUUUCUUGUAAUGAAGAUACAUUUUGUUUUCAUAUUUUCAUAAAAUUGAGCUUUUUCUAUGUUUGAUAACACAAUUUAACGAUUUGCACUCGGGGGCGACUUGUAUACUCAGCGUUUCUUCUCAAUACAUGUACUUUCACAAAGCAUUAUUUUGUUCUUCCAGUGUUUUGUAAUAUUCUUGUGAAAUCUGAUAUGUCAAAAAUAACACAAGCAACCUGCACUUCUGCAGUAAAGUCAUGUGCCUUGAUUUGAAAAGGACCCAAACCUUUUCACAUUGAAGGUCACUGUUAAAUAAAGCAUGAAUUCUUGUGAAAACUGCAUCUAUAAUGAGAAUAUUUGGAAUCUACCCACACCUAACUUUAUGUCAUCAACUCCUUGUGGUUGCAAAAGUUCCAUCCAUUGACAUAUGUUCUUGUAUUAAGUCUUUGUGGAGGCCCAGGCUUGACUAGACACCCUGAGAGCCACUAAAGGACCGCUGGAGGUCCCUGAACCCUACUUUUGGUAUCCUUUUGCACUGCUUGCUAGCGGUUACACCCACUCCACUCCUCUCCUCUGCAGUUCCUCUGCAUCCUCCUCCCUUCACACUCCUUUAGAGUCAGCUACCACUAAUGUUCCUUGGUUACGGACUGAUUGGGUGAGAGAAAAACAUACAUUGAGUAACUUUACACUUGGUGGAUUUUU